AUGAAUGGCUUUGACUCUAAGGGCCUCGAUGAGGAUGCCUUUGGAGAGAAAAGCGCUCUGUCGGGCCUGAAGACCUUUGACGCUUUCCCGAAAACAAAAGCUUCCUACACAACCCCUACCCACCGCGGUGGCCAAUGGACCGUCCUUAUUCUCCUCGUCUGCACUGUCUUCAGCUUCUCCGAACUAAAAACAUGGUGGCGUGGCACAGAACAGCACCACUUCAGCGUGGAGAAGGGCGUCUCCCAUGAACUCCAGCUCAACCUCGAUAUCGUCGUCAACAUGCCCUGCGAUACCCUUCGUGUUAACAUCCAAGACGCAGCCGGCGACCGCAUCUUAGCCAGCGACAUGCUCAAGCGCGAGGAAACGAGCUGGAACCUGUGGAUGCACAAGCGGAACAAGGACAAGCACGAGUACCAAACACUGAGUCACGAGGAGGAAGAUCGAUUGACAGCACAGGAGGCAGAUGCGCAUGCGCACCACGUUCUAGGCGAGGCGCGACGAAACCCGAGGCGCAAGUUUGCUAAGGGUCCCUCGAUGCGAUGGGGCGACACCACGGAUUCUUGUCGAAUUUAUGGUAGUCUGGAGGGAAACAAAGUACAGGGAGAUUUCCAUAUCACCGCGAGAGGUCAUGGAUAUAGAGAGUUUGCGCCGCACUUGGAUCACAGUGCUUUCAACUUCUCGCACAUGAUCACCGAGCUUUCUUUCGGCCCUCACUACCCAUCUUUGAUGAAUCCUCUCGAUAAAACCAUGGCCGAGACCGACAAGCAUUACUUCAAGUACCAGUACUUCCUCUCCGUUGUGCCUACUCUCUACACCAAGGGCCGAAACGCCCUGGACGCAUAUACUCGUUCUCCGGCGUCGGCCACCGCCCGCACUGGCCGUAACACGGUCUUCACGAACCAGUACGCAGCGACUAGCCAGUCUGAAGAGAUGCCCGAGACCCCAUACUUGGUCCCGGGUAUCUUCUUCAAGUAUAAUAUUGAGCCGAUUUUGCUGCUUGUCAGUGAAGAGCGGGGCGGGUUCCUGGCGCUUGUUAUCCGCGUGAUCAACACCAUUAGUGGAGUUCUUGUCACCGGUGGUUGGAUUUACCAGAUCUCGGGUUGGGUCACUGAGAUUGCUGGGAGGAGGAAGAAGGAGCAGCCUGAGGGAUAUUUGACAGGAAAGCAUUAUAAGGACUGA